UCCCACUUGCAGUUACAGAUAUCUAUGGAUCUGUUCUCCCGUAAAUUUCUUUGUUUAUGAAUAUCCUUCCUUCUUAAUGCUCUGUUCAACUACGAAUCGUCUUUUUCGCCCAAAUCUAAGCACGGUUGCUGCAUCUUAUUAUCUCCUUUUAGGAAACCGAUUAUCACCAAUCUCUAAGAAUACCCUUUUGAUUUCUCCCCGGAUUUCCCUUAUUUCUUUGCUUUCUUCGUCUCCCGAAUCAGGGUUUUUCAGGCCUUCGUUACUCGCUGUGAGAUCGGAACAUACUAUGGCUGCCCAAUCCAGCAAGGGAUCAAUCUAUGACUUCACUGUUAAGGAUGCUAAAGGGAAUGAUGUGGAACUCAGCAAAUACAAGGGAAAGGUUCUCCUCAUCGUCAAUGUUGCAUCACAAUGUGGCCUGACUAGUUCGAAUUAUACUGAGUUGACUAAAUUGUAUGAGAAUCACAAAGACAAAGGAUUGGAGAUUCUUGCAUUUCCAUGCAAUCAGUUUGGAGGUCAGGAGCCAGGGAAUAAUGAACAGAUCUUGGAGUUUGCUUGCACUCGCUUCAAGGCUGAGUUUCCCAUAUUUGAUAAGGUUGAUGUGAAUGGUGAGAAUACUGCUCCAAUCUACAAAUUCUUAAAAUCAAGCAAAGGUGGACUUCUUGGGGAUGACCUCAAGUGGAAUUUCUCUAAAUUCCUGGUUGAUAAGGAAGGCAAUAUUGUUGAUCGUUAUGCUCCCACAACUUCUCCCCUGAGCAUUGAGAAGGAUGUAAAGAAACUGUUGGGGAUUGCUUGAGUCAUCAGCUCACUGCAAAAGCACUAGAUCACUAUGAAUAAGCCAGUGUUUAUGAAGACAGCGUGUUCUUAUCUCUGGAAAAGGAGACUACAAGAGUUUAGAAGUUUUAAUUGAAAAUAAUAAUGUAACUAAAAAUUCGAAUUAUGCUCAUAUUAUUUUCUUCAAUAAUAACUAUGCUUAUGUAGUUAUUCUCAUGUUAUUAUCCUUGUUACUCUUGUUAUAAAUUCAAAUUAUGCUC